AUGAUUGUCCGGACAUUCAUCCGCCGAUUACUGGCCAACCCCUCCAUCCGUGGCCACCACUGCCUAUCAUGUCUUCAGCGACAACAACACCACCACAGCCUCCACGAGGGGAACAGCUCUGGAGGCAGUUGUCUGGUAUCGGAUCAGCGGAUCACUAAAGCCGAAGUCCACCGGAAAAUACCGGACAAACAGUUUCGGCCGCUGUUUGACGAGUUGGUCGCCGGACCUGAUCUACGAUUUCUGGACACACUAUUCGCCCGCAAUGGAUAUCAACUGAGGAUAGCCGGCGGUGCCGUUCGGGACCUACUGUGCGGUCAGAGGCCGGUGGACGUGGAUUUGGCCACCGAUGCCACACCUGAUCAGAUGAAAGACAUGAUUAGAGAUCGGACCAACAUAUGGGCGCUGAACACAUCGUCGGGUGCCCGAAACGGCACGAUUAUGGCCCGAGUGAACGACCGGACCAACUAUGAGAUCACAGCGUUGCGCAAGUGGACCGACGAGAGGCCCGGACUGCCGGUGUUUGUCACGGACUGGUCAGUAGAUGCCGCGCACCGGGACCUCACCAUAAACGCCAUGUAUCUGGACUUCACGGGCUGUCUCUACGACUACUUCGACGGCGUGGGACACCUUCGUCGGCGGGCCAUCUGUUUCGUGGGCGACGGCACCGGCCUCUCAGCCAUACGCCAGAACCCGAUCACAAUCAUGCGAUACAUGCGCUUUCAUUGCCGAUACGGCGGCCACGGCUGCGGACACGACUCGCGGGCCAUCACAACCAUCCGAGAGCAGCGACACCUUCUGCGCUCAGUCGACAGCCAGACCCUGUGGUCGGAGCUGAAGAAACUGCUAUCAGUGAACGGUUGCGUCGGUGUUGUGGACCUAAUGCUCGGUGACCUCCAAAUGGGCGAGUAUUUCGGACUCAGCGACCAAUCAUUGCCGGCGGACUCAACGCUGGAACGGCUCCGGGAGUUCCGCGCGGUUCACGACCGGCUCAGCUCAGCCGUGGCCAGCGGUCGGCUCCGGGGUUGGGAUGGGCUGACACUGUUGGCCGCGCUGGUGCUCAAGGACUGGGAGCUGCCCUCCGCCGGCGCCGAUAUGUCCGUACGGCUCAGUUUGUCUAACACUGAGAAGCGUGUGCUGGCGUUCGUUGUUCACAAUCGGCGCACAUUCGCGCAAACUUCGGCUCAAGAGUGGCGCCGACGCAUAGUGUUGGCCACCAAAGACCAGCAGCAGCUGUUACGGCGGCAAGUGCUGGACUGUGCCCUGUAUUGCGGCCAUUGGGAGGUCUACGACCAGAUUAAGAGACUAGUUGUGCCCGAUUUCCCGCCCACCGGUCACUUGUUCGCCGCCAUUGGCCGCCCGGUGCCCAAUAGGGCUGCGUUGAAGGGUGUGCUCAAUGAGUUGAAGUUGUUUUGGGCCGAUAGUGACUUCCAGUGCACCGAUGAUGACCUGAAGACACAUUUGGAGAGUGUUUUGCGUGAUAUCGAUAAAAAGUGA